AUGUGGAACUCGGGAAUGGCAAAGUUGAGGUUCGAAAAAACAGGUACUGUUCAACCUGGCGGUUUGGAAAGAGGACGAGAACCAGCUUUUUACUACGUGGACAAUAACUUGUAUGUCGAACCUGUACAAGUUGACAACAAAAUGUGUGGCUUGCGUCAUGCAGUUAGUUGCCAUGAGAAAGCUGCUUGCAGACAAUCAAUUAGGAACUGUUACCCAGCCUUUCUCCGCUGCUAUUCGUCCUAUGCAUGGACCCGUUCUCAAUAUAAGAUACCCAAAAGUAGCGGUGAUCAAGGAAUGCACAUUACGAAUCAUCUGUUGUUUGUGGAUGAUCUCAUUGCGACCGAUGAAGAAAGAUAUCAUGAAAUCUAUGGAAGAAGUUUAAAGGACGUCGUGAAUGAGAACUGCAAUCAGAAUAAAAGCGAUCGACUAAAUAUCAUAAUAUACGAUAAGAAGCGACGUGAAGUAAUCUUGAUUAAGGUUGGCAUCACUAGUCAGUACAGAAUAAAAGCGAAUCGACCACAUAUCAUGAUACAGGAUAAGAAGCGACGUGAAGUAAUCUUGAUUAAGGUUGGCAUCACUAGUCAGGACAGAGAUGAAGUGCAGAAUCAAAAUUAUUCUGUAUGUGAUGACUUGGGAUGGGAUUGCAAGGAACUUCCACAAAUGCUGUGCGAAGAAGAUUAG